AUGAGUAACAAUACUACUGGUGUUAGGAUAAACCCUUUCGCAGGAAGACGUGAUGUUCACACAUUACUCCAAUUCUUAGAUGCUGUUGAGAUUCGUUUUGUAACCAGGCAUAUUUCUUCAAAUCAUGAGAAAAUCUGUUUUCUAGCUGACCACUUGGAUGGUGAUGCUUCCACAUGGUUUAGGACCGCAUACCGAGGAGCAGAUUUAACCAACGUACCCUACGAAACUGUCGUUGCCAAGUUGAAAGAACAUUUUUUUGUCGCUAUUGACCCUUACCAAAUGUACCUCAAUUUAAAUGAAAUGAAACAGACCAAGAGUGUUGAGGAAUACACUGACAAAUUUGAGAAAACUAGAUUGUUAUUACCUACCGACUUCGUUUCAGAGAGAGCCUUAAUUGUAACCUUUAUUGCUGGGUUAAAAAAAGACAUCUGCAGAGAAUUGAGAAUUCGCAAUCCGCAAACAUUGCUAGAAGCCGAAGAGAUGGCCUGGAGAGCUGACAACUUAGGAUCUAAAACGAACAAUGUAAAUUGGUAUGAUACACCAACGUCAACAAACAAUGAUCCGGAUGCCAUGGAAAUCGAUGCCAUGCAAUCCAAACAUAUGAACCGUAAUAGUAGUUCAGGACGUCGUAAUUACAACAACUCAGAACGUUGGGAUUACAAUAACAGCAAACGUCGUAAUUUCAACAAGUCCAACUCGAAUAACGAUUAUUGGAAAAAUCGCCUCGAAAGCUUUUGCAGAAAUAAAGGAUUAUGUUAUGAAUGUGGUGAUUCAGGACACUACGCUUCUAAAUGUCCAAAGAGUCAAAAAAGAAACGCGAGUCACGUAGAAUUUGCAUACGCUGAACCUGAAGGACUAGAAAAAUUCGAACAAUAUUAUGACAAAGACGAGGAAGAAGUGUUUUACGACGCUAACUCGCAAUUACCAGCUACGAAUGACAUAAAAGCUGAAGAAAAAGAAACCGGUACAGAUGAACAAUUUAGUACGGCAGGAAUAGAAAAAGACACGAAUCCGAUCGUAGAAAUAGACGAUAGGGAUGAAGUUAUGGACAGAAUGAGAGAAAGACUCAAGGAAAGUAAAAACUCUCAUAUAUACCCCUUAAUUAUGAAAACUCCUAAGAUUGGGAGGAGGAGGGAAGUAGAACUGUUAUUAAAUGAUGCAACACUAGCAACGGUCCUGAUGGAUACAGGAGCCCCAACAAGUGUAAUUAGCCGAAAUCUAGUAGAGAUAAUCGGAUUAGAAGUUUCCAAAGCGCCCUUUCAAAGUAUAAGUGGAGCGAUUAAAGGAACCAAAGAAGGUACGAACAAAGCUACAACAGUACGUUUUACAGUUAACGACAAAGAAUAUAAAAUAGAUGCGUAUAUUUUAGACACAAUUAACAACAAGGUUAUUGUCGGGAACCCCAUACUUGAAACAAACCCUGAACUGUUGAACAUAGAAACCGAGGACAAAGAACAGUUAAACGAGUUAUUAGAAGUAACAGUCGAAACAAAGGAAAAUAAAACAUGGAACUUUAUUCCAGAAUGGCUUAAGAACAAGUUCAAAGAUAUUGUAGGUACUAAAUUAUUACCUGAAACACAUAAAUUGGUAAAUGUACACCAUGAAAUAAUACUAAAGGAUCCCGAGAGAUUGCCAAAGAUGCAACCUUACAGAAGUACACCCAAGCUUGAAGAAGAAGCAAGGAAAAUGGUUGAUAGCUUAUUGUCAGAUGGAUACAUAGAAGAAUCCAAAGCCCCGAUAGCUUCACCCAUAAUCAUGGUAAAGAAGAAAUCUGGAGAUUACAGGUUAUGUGUUGACUACAGAAUGUUGAAUAAAAACACAGAACCAGACUUGUUUCCCUUACCAUUAUUAGACACUAUAUUUGCCAAACUAGGAUCUUCGAAAAUAUUCACAACCUUAGAUCUAUUAAAUGGAUAUUAUCAAAUCCCAAUGAAAGAGGAACACAAACCUUUAACUAGUUUUGUCACCCCAUUUGGAAAGUAUCAAUUUACUGUUAUGCCUUUUGGUUUAAGGAAUGCACCGUCAACAUUUGCAAGAUUAAUGAGUGACAUAUUUAGAGAUUUAAAAUUUGUUUGUAUUUAUUUAGAUGAUAUUUUAAUACACAGUGAUAAUACAGAAGAACAUUGGAAACACUUAGCAACAGUAUUACAAAGACUAAAAGACCAUGGUUUAGUUGCAAAAAGAUCAAAAUGUUAUUUUGCACAAAGAAAAGUAGUAUUUUUAGGACAUGAAAUUAGUAGUGAUGGUAUCAGACCAUUACAAGGAAAAACCGAUGCUAUUAAAAAUUUAACAGUUACCCAAGAUAUUAAGAGUGUUCAGAGAUUCUUAGGAAUGAUUAAUUUUUACAGAAGGUUUAUACCACGAUGUAGUCAUAUAGCUAAACCGCUAGUUGAAUUUACAGCAAAGAAGACUGAAUGGACAGACAAACAAACACAAAGUGUUGAAACUUUAAAGAAAGCACUAGGCUCACCACCGAUAUUAGUUCCGUACACACCCAAAUGUCAUAUGAGACUAACUACCGAUGCCUCGUAUGAUGGACUUGGAGCUGUAUUAGAAAAAUUAGAAAACAACAAGCUAAUUGGAGUUAUUGGAUACUUCAGUAAAAGCUUACAAGGUGCACAAAAGAAUUACCCACCUGGAGAAUUAGAAUUAUUAGCAAUAAUUGAAGCACUAAAUCAUUUCCGAUAUUUACUACAUGGAAAUCAUUUUGAAUUAAGAACAGACCAUAUUUCACUUUUAUCAUUACAAAAUAAGAAAGAACCGUCAAGAAGAAUUUCCCGCUGGUUAGACAUGCUAAGUGAAUACGACUUCACUUUGACAUACUUAAAAGGUACAAUGAAUCAUAUUGCUGACACACUAUCACGAGACAGUAAAAGCUUAGAAGUAGAUACCAUUGAUGCAAAAUCAUGGCUUGAACUUUAUGAGAAUGACCCCUGGUGUGCUGCAGUUUUGCACGGAAUGAAACAUAUAGAUAAAGUGAACACAGGAGGAAUGGAUUUACAUUUAUUUAAGAAAUAUCAGAGAAAAUGGACAUCAUCAAGACAAUUUCAAGAAGCUUAUACAAUAGACAAAGACAACUUCUUAUAUUACAAAGACAGAUUAUGUGUACCACAAAAAGCAAGAGACUCAGUGUUAGAGUACUAUCAUGACAAUGCUAUAUUAGGAGGACACUUUGGAGCCGAUAUCACUUUUCAUAAAAUCGCAAAAGACUAUUAUUGGCCUAGUUUGUAUUCGAAUAUACAAGGUUACGUAGCACAUUGUUACAACUGUCAAGUUAUGAAGCAACAUCGACGAGCCUCACAAGGUUUACUACAAUCUUUAGAUGUUCCAAAAGGACGAUGGUCACAUAUUACUAUCGACUUUGCUUCAGGACUACCACUUACAUUUCGUCAGAAUGAUUUUAUUUUAAUUGUCGUAGACAGAUUCUCGAAACGAUGCCAUUUUAUACCAUGCAAGUCCACUACAGGUUCCAUUGAACUUAUUAAUUUACUAUUUAAACACGUUUUUGCUUACCACGGAUUUCCCCGAUUUAUUACCUCAGACAAGGAUAUUAGAAUGAUGAGCACAGCCUACAAAGAAUUAGUGAAACGCUUAGGAAUUCAAUUAAAAAUGUCAAGUAGUAACCACCCACAAACAGAUGGACAAACUGAAAGAGUUAUUCAAGUCUUAGGUCGAAUGUUAAAGAGCUAUUGCUCCGUACAUCACCAACAAUGGGAUAAUUUUUUACCCAUUUUAGAAUUUUGUUACAACUCGACUUAUUUAUCUAAUAUUCGAGCUGCUCCGUUUGAAGUUGAUUUGGGUUAUAUUCCUAAUAAACCACAAAUAUUUACGGAGGGGGAGAGUUCAGCACAAAAUGACUCCGCAGUCGAAUUAGCCAAGAAAUUGAAAGCAAUAGAAUUACGAACAAAAGAUUUUUUAGCUGCAAACGCUGAAAACAAUGAAGCCGCCAAGAACAAUAAGAGAAUACAAAUUAUAUUAGAACCAGGACAACAUGUAUUAGUACACAGAGACGCAUAUUUUGUUAAAGGCAAAUACUGGAAGAUACAACCGAUAUAUCUAGGACCUUUCAAGGUAGUAAAGAAAACUAAUGAUAAUGCCUAUGAAAUAGACUUACCAAGUACUAAAAAGACACAUAGAGUAAUUAACAUUGAAUGGUUGAAAGAAUUCAAACAUGACCCAGACAGGUACCCAAAACAUCCACCAAGAACCGAAAAAGAAAUGGAAUUUAGAUUAACUGAAAUAGUUAGUGUAAUUGGAAUCACAGAAGAUAAGACUAAGCUGUAUGCAAAGUUCAGCGAUGUCGAUCCAACUCUAUCUGUAGAAAUACCACUUAGGAUUUUUAACAAAUUACCUGACUACAGAAAGACAGCCUUAUUGUCAAACUUUAAACAACUCUGGAGACACUCAGUUUCGGAGGAGGAGGAUGUCGUAAUAUGA